CUAAACCGGCCAAGGGGUCAAGGCCGUAUCCGAUUUGUCCACCAUGUCCAAGACAACUUGUCUCCCGGUUUUCUGUGUUGAUGCGUUCACAAAGACGGCAUUCGGCGGCAACCCCGCGGCUGUGUGCCUCGUUUCAGCAACCACCACGAAUCUCACGGAAACAUUGAUGCAGAAGAUCGCAGCUGAACUGAACUUGUCGGAGACAGCUUUUGUUUUCAGUGAAGGAAAUGAAGGCAGCUUCAAAAAAGAUUGCAAGUUUGGCCUCCGUUGGUUCACACCCACGACAGAAGUGAACCUCUGUGGUCAUGCGACGCUCGGGUCGGCAGCUGUCCUGUUCAACAAGAUAGGAAAUGAGUCACAAGAAAUAUGUUUCAACACAUUGAGCGGGAUAUUAACCACACGGCGUCAGGGCAAGUUAAUCUCCAUGGACUUCCCCUUGAACCCUUCUGGGAAACAGGACAGAUCUGAAAUGGAAAAUCUCCUCAAGGUUGUUGUAGAUCCGUCACUAGUUCAAGAUUUGGAAUACUCCCCUACAACCAAGAAGCUGGUGGUCCGGCUCUCGGACACCGUGACACGGUCCGAGCUGGAGGGCCUCCAACCCCAGAUACCCCGCAUGGUGGAGAGUGACAGCACGGGCAAAGUGAAGGGUGUGAUCAUCACACUGAGGGGGUCACAAUCUAAUGGAGCUGUGGACGCUGAGGGGAUGGGGUACGACUUUGUGUCCAGGUACUUCGCCCCAUGGGUUGGAAUACCGGAGGAUCCAGUCACGGGGUCAGCCCACACAGUCCUGGCCAGCUACUGGUCAAAGCAGCUGGAUAAACAGGAGCUUUACGCUCGCCAGUGUUCCUCCCGGGGUGGGGACAUACACCUAAGGGUGGCGGGGGACCGGGUACACCUGGCAGGGAAUGCUGCCAUCAUUAUGACGGGGACACUGGACAUAUGAUGCAGUUUCGAUUUGCAGGGAAACGACGUAAUUUGUCGUUAUAUUAUACAGUCAGAUAUAACGAACAAUAAUUCGGUUGUAUUAUAGAUAUUUUAAAUAAUAUACUUAUGGAUUGUAAUGAAAAAUGUCAUUAUUAAUUGCUUGAUUUAGAAUAUUUCCGGAGUACGUUAUUGAAAUUAUGAUAGAUCUAAUAUUUUUGAAACACAAUGCACUGGUCACAUAGUUAAACGGUCUAUAAUGUAUGCAAACCAAAGACGGGUAAUAAACCUUAUACUGUCAGGGAACGAUUUUGAAAGAAAUUGUUUUCAAUUGUCAGUGUGCAUGCAUGUUUAAUAAUCAGAACGAUAUUGCAUGUAUGUUUUACUUGUGUUUAAAAUAGAAUAUGUGUAUUCAAGCUGAUUGGUUCACUGUUGGAAUACGUGUGUUGAUGGAUGAGAUCAUGUUGGUUGUGGGCAUCUGUGUAUCAUCCUUUACGAGGGAAAUUGGUGGACACGUGGUUCCAGCCUUUAAGACUUCUCAAUGCAUGUUGUUUAACAUUCUAUGUCAUUUUACUAUAAUUGUUCAUUGUUUGAUUUCUUCUCAUAAUUAUCUCCACCGUUGGUUGUUUUUUGUGCAUGUUAUUAUUAAAAGGAGUGAGCCAAA